AUGCCACUCACCGGCGACGGCCGGAGCGGACAACGCCCGGAGAACUCUCCAAAAAGAUUUGCCAGCUGGCUGGGUGGCACGUCAGCCACGCCCGUCGAAGGAGCUGCCUCUCCAGAUACUACACCGAAAUCCAAGCGAGGAGCAAGUCCUCUUGACACGACCCCCAAGAGCGCGACCCAGUCUCGCUUCGGCUUCCUGGCUUCAUCCAUGUCGGCCUUCACCACGCGCUUAACGAACCAGCCUCCGACUCCUCGUCAGGUGGAUGAUGAGCUGUGUAACAUGGAUAUCGAGGCGGCCCUAUUCCCGUCCUCGUCGCCCUCGGACCACGAUAGCUUCUCCCCGGCUGCCUACAUGAACCUGCAGAUGAACGCCGCCGGGCUGCUGCAUAAGAUGCAGGAUGCCUACCGGGAGCGGACAGUAGCAAUGCAGGAGGUGCAGGCCGAGCGGGAGGCGCAGAGAGAGGAGACGGAAGAGACGGAGCUCCGCAUCAGGCACUGCAAGAACCAAUUGGAGCAGAUGGCCGCCAAGGCCGUCGAGCAGGAGCACGCGAUGCAGCAACUCAUGGCCGAACUGCAGGCGGAGAAGCGGGCCCGCCACGAAGAGCAGCGCAUGAGUCGGGACAGUAGGAUCAUGGGCGAAGGGUCAACCAUCACGGAGGACCUCGGCGUUGACGAGGAAGAGCGGAAGCGGUGGCGGACGAGCGACGGCACCGUCAUGUCGGAGCUGAGCAUCGACACCGACCGCGAGAGCGCCGAGAGCGAGAGCAUCUUCUCCCGCAGCCGCAGUCCCACCGCCAUGACCAGCGCAACCGACAGCGAAGGCCUCGAUAGUAGCCCCGCUGGCCCACAGCAGCCCAGAGCUCCGAUGCUCCAAGUGCCGAGGUCGAAAUCGACUCAGCGCAUGACUGCGUUCCAGAAACUGGUGAAAAACAUUUCUGGUGAGGCAGGCGACAACAUGGGCUCCGACGGGUGCCGGAACUGCCGCGGCCAGGACUCGAGCGUGGCAUGGGAUACUGUGAGCUUGCUGCGGGACGAGAACCGAGGUCUGAAGCAACGUGUGGCGCAAUUAGAGAUCACUGUUGAUGGCGCUCUGGAUGUGGUGAAUGGCAUCGGGCUGUUAUGA